AUGAUUGGGCUGAAGGGCACACUUAAUAUAAUAGACAAUUCCGGCGCCCUGGUCGCCGAGUGCGUCAACGUAUUGAAGCAAAAAGUCAAUAACGGGUGGGGUUCGGUGGGGGAUGAGAUUGUGGUUGUUGUUCAACGGGCACGGCCUGUGUCUGCUGCAGCUGCAGCCUCUGUCACAGCGGUCAAAGUGCGAAGAGGGGACGUUCGGAGGGCAGUUAUUGUCAGGACACGGAAAGCCGUGCGAAGACCUGACGGCCGACUCAUCCGCUUCGACGACAACGCUGCCGUCUUGCUCAACAACAAGCGCGAGAUGCUCGGGACCCGUAUUGCUGGUGUUGUCAGUGCAGACCUGCGGAUGAAAGGGUGGGGAAAGAUUGCUAGUUUGGCACCGAAGGUCAUCUAG